UGGAGGGAAGGGCGAGAGUUGGUUCUCGCAUUUGAGGCGCGCAAACGUUCGGCUUCUCUCGUACUGGUCCGAACACAUUACAUCCCGGACUCUCGGAUAAAUUCGGCACACAAAGUUGUUUCAUACCGGCGCGAACUCUCCGCUUGGAAAGCUCGGUUUCCUAUUUCGGUUUUCGUAUAUCUAUUGCGCGCUUGUGCUACUCGUAUAUAAUAAGCCCGAUUCUAUUUUUCAAUUUAAUAACUAAGUUCCUUUUUCUCACAAUUUUUUUUUCUUUAUUCCUUUUUAAAAAUAGAAUUUACCGGUGGAAUUUUUUGCAGAACAAUAUUUGCAAAUUGGAAAAAAGUGUCAAGUUAAAUUUACAACCCAUCGCGUUGGGAAAUAUAUUGGAAUUUUUAAAAUUCAGAUGGUUUUUUUCGAAUCUGAUUGAUAUUCAAAAACCAAAGAGUAUUUUUCUUUUUUGUAAUUGUGGAAGAAACUUGAGGGAAUUAAUUAAUUCCUUGAGUGAUUGCUGUUUGGGAAAAGUUGGAAGAAAAGAAAAGUUAAAAAGUAAAUAAGUGCGAAUUGGAAGUGAAAAGUGUGAGAAGUGAUAAGAAUAAUUUGAAAUGAGAGAACUGUAUUAAUAUUCUGAAGGGUGUGUGGAGUGAAUCGCCUGAGGAGGAAGUGGGUACGAGAGUAUAGUAUACGAUUUCCGUAUCGCGUUCCGAAUACGUGAUGUGCACUUCCCUAGACACGACGAAUUCUCUAGUUGGUAAUCUCAGCGAGAAUUCAGACUUGUUCGCGUUCGUGCGUCCUAAUUUAAAAUCAAACUGCUCUCAUUUAGUGUCAUUGGAUGAUUUUUUUUGGUGUGCAAAAAAUAUAUAUUCUACGUGCAAAUAAUACUUAUCGCAAAUGGAUUGGUUGAAAUUUUAAAUUUUCUUCUUUUUGGAGAAAUUUUAUGAACGUCCUUUUAACAUUAAUUUUAAUUCCACUGCGGCGGAAAUCAACUCAAUGGACAUUUGUCAGAUGGGGAUGACGAUACGUUUAGGAAGCACGUAGACCCUCCAUCUUCCUCGUUUCGGAGAUGAGGCACUAUCUGGGAUUUACGGCUCUCACCUUUGCCUUCCUCCUCCAGCUGGCGAGCCGCGUGACACUCGUCAGUGCCGGGGAACAAGAGAGGAAGAUCUGGUACGAGAGUGCAACGCGGGGAAUCGAAUCUCGAAUUCGUGCUGCUGCAAGUGCAAGUGGUACCGGGUCAACACCGCCCGGUGGUGUGGCACGUGGUGUUGUGCUUUUUGUUGGUGACGGUAUGGGGAUGAGUACUCUCACAGCAUCACGUAUACUUUCGGGUCAGCGUCAUGGAGGCACUGGCGAAGAAGCUCAACUUGUCUGGGACACUUUUCCAGCGGUUGCUUUAGCAAGGACGUACAAUCAAGACGCUCAAGUAGGAGAAUCAUCAGCAUGUGCUACAGCUCUUCUUUGUGGAGUGAAAGCAAAUUAUGAAACAGUCGGUUUAGAUUCGUCAGCUCGCUUUGAAAAUUGUUUCUCUGCAUUUAAUGCUAAAGUUCCAUCUUUAAUGAAUUGGGCACAAAAACAAGGCAAAUCCACAGGUCUUGUAACAACAACGAGAGUAACGCAUGCGACACCUGCUGCGUUAUACGCACAUUCACCAAGUCGUUAUUGGGAAGAUGAUGGUAAAGUGCCAGCAGCAGCUAGAACAACUUGUAAAGAUAUUGCUCGUCAACUUCUAGAGGAAGAGCCCGGCAGAAGCAUUAAUGUGGUGUUGGGUGGCGGUCGAAGGCAUUUCGUUCCAAAAGUGGCAUUGGAUCCAGAGGAGCCUGAAAAGGAGGGUAGACGCCUUGAUGGUAGAAAUCUAAUCGAAGAGUGGUCGAGAAACCGACGACUUCGUAAUCUUCCCGCCGAAUACGUGGCAAACAAGGAACAAUUCGAUAAAGUCGAUCCAAGAAAAGUGAAUCAUUUGUUGGGUCUAUUUUCAUAUUCACAUAUGGAUUUUGAGGUUGAUCGAAACACAAACGGCACUGGCGAUCCUUCCCUUGCCGAAAUGGCGGUUAAAGCACUUCGAAUUCUUGCCAAAAAUCCAGAUGGGUACUUCCUGUUCGUUGAAGGUGGAAGAAUAGACCAUGCUCACCACUACAACAAUGCUUAUCGCGCCUUGGAUGAAACACUGGCUUUGGAGGAGUCCGUCAAGGCAAUUAUGGAUGAGGUGGAUCUCUCUGAAACUCUCUUAAUUGUCACUGCUGAUCACUCCCAUGUUUUAACACUUGGCGGCCUUGCUACACAUCGAGGGAAUCCUAUUCUUGGGUCUGACAGUAAAGUUUCAGAUGUUGAUGGCAAACCCUAUACAACACUUUUGUACAGCAAUGGUCCAGGUCAUACAGACCCAAGAUCGAUUGUGCGGGAAGCUGGGAAAGAUUCCAUUCAGACUUCUGGUGUUCCGAGAACAUGGGCAACGCAUGGUGGUGAGGACGUGCCAAUUUUUGCAAUUGGCCCAUUGGCAACUGUCUUAUUCUCCGGUAGUGUGGAUCAGAGUUACAUUCCUCACGCUAUUUCCUAUGCUGCAUGCCUCGAUCAUCAUGCAAGUCGUUGCUCGAGAGAAUCCGCUUUGAACGAUACUAUUGCUCCAAUCAGUUGUCCUUCUGCUGAACCAAACAGUGCUGCUAUAUCUAGUGACGUGAUGAACGACCAGGCUCGUAAUCCACCAGCAAAAUCAAUUGCCACCGCCAAUCGCAAUCAUCUCAUCACUAAUACUCUCCUGAUAAAAGUACUCUUACUAUUUCUACUCCUAACGGAAAGUUAAUGUUCACUGUGGACCAAAAAGUGAUCACUCAAUAAGAUAAAUCUUGUAAAAAAAAAAAAUUUUAUUAUCCAGCGCAAGUAAACGAGAACUGUGACUAGAAAAAAAAGAAAAAUUUCCCCACCUUCACACCCAUCUGGACCAGAAGUGUUAAUAGAAUCUAUCUAGAAAUAAUCAAUUUUUCUAUACUUGAAAAAAGAAAAGCUAAAGAUUAUCAUAAAUGAAUGUUGUGAGUUUAUCAGUUUUGUGUCAAAAUUUGUGAAGUGAACCAUCAUUUUUCGAUGGGCGAAUAUUUGUUAUGGUUUUAAUUUUAACAUUUUUCUACGCACUCUAUAUGAUAAAAAAAAUACAAGUUGCACACUAUUUUUUUAAUAGUUAUUGUUAAUAACAAUUUUUUGUACGAAUUUUUUUAUUUUUUUUUCUUCUGUUCUAUAAGAGGAUAGGAAUCG